CUUUGUCGCGGGUGAUUGUGGGUAGUGCGCCAGGGAGGGAGAAAGAACUCGGGCUGCGGCGCGCCGCCCGCGGGGAUGUUCGAGGACGCUCCCCUCGCAGAGGGGGCGGCGGUGGUCGCCGCGGCCGGGGAGGCGCUGCAGGCCCUAUGCCAGGAGUUGAACCUGGAUGAGGGGAGCGCAGCCGAAGCCCUGGACGACUUCACCGCCAUCCGGGGUAACUACAGCCUAGAGGGAGAAGUUAUACACUGGUUGGCAUGUUCACUGUAUGUUGCGUGCCGCAAAAGCAUUAUUCCCACGGUUGGAAAGGGAAUUAUGGAAGGAAACUGUGUUUCACUCACCAGAAUACUACGUUCGGCUAAAUUAAGUUUAAUAGAGUUUUUUAGUAAAAUGAAGAAGUGGAUGGACAUGUUAAAUCUGCCACAAGAAUUUCGUGAACGUAUAGAAAGACUAGAGAGAAAUUUUGAAGUAUCUACCGUAAUUUUUAAAAAAUUCGAGCCAAUUUUUUUAGAUAUAUUUCAAAAUCCAUAUGAAGAGCUACCAAAGUUACCACGAAGCAGGAAACAGAGGAGGAUUCCUUGUAGUGUUAAGGAUCUCUUUAAUUUCUGUUGGACACUGUUUGUUUACACAAAGGGUAAUUUUCGCAUGAUUGGGGAUGAUUUAGUAAACUCUUAUCAUUUACUUCUAUGCUGCUUGGAUCUGGUUUUUGCCAAUGCCAUUAUGUGUCCAAAUAGACGAGACUUACUAAAUCUGUCAUUCAAAGGUUUACCAUCUGAUUUCCAUACUGCUGACUUCAGGGCUUCUGCAGAGCCUCCCUGCAUCAUUGCUGUACUGUGUGAAUUGCAUGAUGGACUUCUAGUAGAAGCAAAAGGAAUAAAGGAACACUACUUUAAACCAUAUAUUGCAAAACUUUUUGAUAGGAAGAUUUUAAAAGGAGAAUGCCUCCUGGAUCUCUCCAGUUUUACUGAUAACAGCAAAGCAGUGAACAAGGAGUAUGAAGAAUAUGUUCUAACUGUUGGUGACUUUGAUGAGAGGAUCUUUUUGGGAGCAGAUGCAGAAGAGGAAAUUGGAACACCCCGAAAAUUCACUGGUGACACCCCAUUAGGAAAACUGACUAUGCAAGCUAACAUGGAGUGUAAUCUUCAACAACACUUUGAAAAAAAAAGAUCAUUUGCACCUUCUACUCCACUGACAGGAAGAGGAUAUUUACGAGAAAAAGAAACCGUCAUUACUCCUGUUGCUUCAGCCACCCAAAGUGUUAGCCGCUUACAGAGUAUUGUGACUGGAUUGAAAAAUGCACCAAGUGAACAACUAACAAGCAUUUUUGAAUCUUGUAUGCGAAAUCCUAUGGAAAACAUUAUGAAAAUAGUGAAAAACAUUGGAGAAACUUUCUGCCAACACUAUACUCAAUCAACAGAUGAACAGCCAGGAUCUCACAUAGACUUUGCUGUAAACAGACUAAAGUUGGCAGAAAUUUUGUAUUAUAAAAUACUAGAGACUGUAAUGGUUCAGGAAGCACGAAGACUUCAUGGAAUGGAUAUGUCAGUUCUUUUAGAGCAAAACAUAUUUCAUCAUUCCUUGAUGGCUUGUUGUUUGGAAAUUGUGCUUUUUGCCUAUAGCUCACCACGUACUUUUCCUUGGAUUAUUGAAAUUCUCAACUUGCAGCCAUUUUAUUUUUAUAAGGUAAUUGAGGUGGUAAUUCGCUCAGAGGAGGGACUCUCCAGGGACAUGGUGAAACAUCUGAACAGCAUUGAAGAACAAAUUUUAGAGAGUUUAGCAUGGAGUCACAAUUCUGCUCUGUGGGAAGCUCUCUCAGCUUCUGCAAACAAAGUCCCUACUUGUGAAGAAGUUAUAUUUCCAAAUAACUUUGAAACAGGAAAUGGAGGAAAUGUGCAGGGGCAUCUUCCCAUGAUGCCAAUAUCUCCUAUAAUCCAUCCAAGAGUCAAGGAAGUUCGGACUGACAGUGGGGGUCUUCGAAGGGAUAUGCAACCAUUGUCUCCAAUUUUGAUCCAUGAACGCUACAGUUCUCCUACUGCUGGGAGUGCUAAGAGAAGACUUUUUGAAGAGGAUCCACCAAAGGAAAUGCUUAUGGACAAGAAUAUGACAGAAGGAACAAAGUUGAAAAUUGCUCCCUCUUCAAGCAUCACUGCUGAAAAUAUAUCAAUUUCACCUGGGCAGACUCUUCUAACAAUGACCACAACCACAGUAGCAGGGACAGCAGGACAUCAAGUUACAAUUCCAUUACAUGGUGUUGCGAAUGAUGCUGGGGAGAUCACACUGAUUCCUAUUGCCAUGAAUACAACUCAGGAAUCCAAAAUUGACAGUCCCAUAUCACUCACUGCACAGUCAUUAAUUGGUGCUUCUCCAAAACAAACCUGUUUGUCUAAAGCACAAGAGAUUCAUCUGACUGGAAUAAAACCAAAGAGAACUGGGUCCUUAGCACUAUUUUACAGAAAGGUCUAUCAUUUGGCAAGUGUACGCUUACGUGAUUUAUGUUUAAAACUGGAUGUUUCAAAUGAUUUACGAAGGAAGAUAUGGACAUGUUUUGAAUUCACUUUAGUUCACUGCCCUGAUUUAAUGAAAAACAGACAUUUGGAUCAGCUCCUCCUUUGUGCCUUUUACAUUAUGGCAAAGGUAACAAAAGAAGAAAGAACUUUUCAAGAAAUAAUGAAAAGUUACAGGAAUCAGCCCCAAGCUAAUAGUCAUGUAUAUAGAAGUGUUCUUUUGAAAAGUAUUCCAAGAGAAAUUGUGACAUAUAAUAAUGAGAUAAGUGGUGAUUUUGAAAUGACAGAUGGUGACUUGGAAGAGACCAUAAAAACACCUGACUGUUCUAGUGGGCCAGUGAAAGAAGAAAGAGGUGACCUUAUCAAAUUUUACAAUACAAUAUAUGUAGGAAGAGUGAAGUCAUUUGCAUUGAAAUAUGACCUGUCAAAUCAGGACCAUAUGAUGGAUGCUCCACCACUGUCUCCUUUUCCACAUAUUAAGCAACAGACAGGCUCACCACGCCGCAUUUCCCAGCAGCAUUCCAUUUAUGUUUCCCCACACAAGAAUGGGUCUAGCCUCACACCAAGGAGCGCGCUGUUGUACAAGUUCAAUGGCAGCCCUUCUAAGAGUUUGAAAGAUAUCAACAACAUGAUAAGACAAGGUGAUCAGAGAACCAAGAAGCGUGUAAUAGCCAUCAGUGGAGAUGCAGAAUCACCUGCCAAACGCCUCUGCCAAGAAAAUGAUGAUGUUUUACUUAAACGACUACAAGAUGUUGUCAGUGAAAGAGCAAACUAUUAAUGUUUUCCUAUUUUUUUUUUUUUUUUUUUCUUUAUCGGUACUAGGGAUUGAACUCAUGACUGCCUGCUUACAAGACAGGCACUUAUGCCACUGAGCUAAAUCCCCAGCCCAAUGUUUUCCUAUUUCUGAUAAAAGCACUUUCAGGUUGUUCUGCACAAAGUUGGGACUCUAUCCUUCAAACUUUUCCGCUCUGUAGAUGAUAAAUAGCACUGGAUUAUAUAAAUAGGAAUUAAGCCCUUUUUUUUCAUAUUUUUCAAAAUAUCAUUGACAGAUGUAUUUGGGAUUGGAUUGGAAAGGAAUUUGUUUUUGUUUUUGUUUUUGGUACUGGGGAUUGAACUCAGGUCCUUACAUUUACCAGGUAAGUGCUUGAGCCACUGAGCUAAAUCCCUGGCCCUCAAUAGGAAUGUUUUGGGUGUCAUUGUAAAUGCUAAUCAGGAAAAAAAAUACUAAUCGUGAUAGGAUUUUAAGUGUUUGUUCUUUGGGCUUUUAAGAUCAAUUAAGCAGAAAAAUGAUCUUUUAACUUUCUUAAAAAUCUCUCUUAUGCUUGUAAUGCAAAGAUAAAUAAUUAAUUUUACAAAGUAUGAUUGGAAGUUGGGUUUUUUUGGUUUUUUGUACCAGGGAUCAAACUCACAACUACGCCCUUGCCAGACAGGUGGUUAUGCUGCGGAGCUAAAUCCCUGGCAGUAUUUGUAUUUUUAACUUGCUGUUGAAGUUAGGAGUUGAUUAAUAGUACCUAGGCCAAGGGUAAUGCACCAGUCAGUGCCUGGUGCACUGUAGUGACCCUGCAUCCAGAUUCCACUACCAUUUUGGAUAGUCUGGAUUCCUUGUGAUCUUCCUCUCCUUGAGGAUAAACAGCUUUUUACCUGAGCCCUACACUGUUCCUGUUCAUUGGUCUCCAGUCUUGAGCCUCUUACCCUGGUAUUAAAGCCAUUAAGAGUACUUACUCAAUUUCUAAGCUACUAGCAUUUUGUUUUUUCAUAACAUUAACUUAAUUAUAUAUGAUUGUUGUAUUAAAUCAGGCAGUUCACAAAGUAGGAAGCUGCUUCGUAAGCCAGUAGAAUAAAAUUCAGAUAAAAUCUUAGAUACUAAACGUUCUUGUAAUCCCAGCACUUGGGAGGCUGAGGCAGAAGCAUCCCCUUAAAUUCAAAACCAACCUGUAUUAUAUAGUGAGACCCUGCCUCAAAAAAAAAAUAAUGUACUAAAUCUCUUUAAUAGUGUAGCACCAUAAUAGUGUGUCAUAUACCAUUUUUGUGAGAUUUUUUUGUUGUUUUUAUUUUGUUUUUUUGGUACCGGGAAUCAAACUCAGGACCUUGUGCUUGUCAGGCAAGUGCUUAUGCUGCUGAGCUAUAUUCUUUGCCCAAUAUACCAAUUUUGAGGUCAUCAUGUAAUUCAUUGUAAUUCAUGUAAUUCAUCAUGUACAGUCAUUCUUAGUAGUUCUCUUGAGAACUAGUAAAACCAUAUUAAAAUAGAUGUAAGAGUUUAUUACUUUCCCUCUUUGUUUUCAAUAUUAUUAGUGUAUCGUAAGUUUCCUAUUGAGUUUUGACUCCUGGGUCCACCCUCAAGUUGUUUUCCAGAUUAACUUUCCAAAGAAUCAAGUCCUCACUGUUUACUUUUUGUAGCGUGUUUCCAAAAUCUGGAAUGACAUGUAUAAGCCAUUCUUAAUUAAUUUUGAAAUUUUAUCAGUAUAUAUUUUUAAACUGCAAACCUUAGUUUUUAAAAUUCAUAGUGUUGCCAGGCAUGGUGUUACAUUCCUGUAGUCCCAGCACCCCGGAGGCUGAGGUAGGAGAAUCAAGAGUUUGAGAACAGACUGUACUACAGAGUGAGAUUUGCCUGUAACACACACAUACCCACAUGUGUGUGCAUGGGCACCAUCAUAAUGUUGGGGCUAAGGAUUUACCUUAGUAUUAGAGUGCUUGUCUAGCAUUCUCUAGGUCAUGGAUUCUAUCCCCAGCACUGCAAAAAAAAGUAUAAUGUUUAAUUUAUCUAUCCAGUUUAAAUUUUUCCAAGAUUUAGUUGUCAGUUGUAAUUAAUAUCAUCAACAGUUUUAAUUUUAAAUUUUAAGAAAAGAGAUUUUAGCCAGGUAUGGUGGUGCACGCCGGUAAUCUCAGCACUCAGGAGGCUGAGGCAGGAAGAUCAUUAUAAGUUUGAGAACCAGCCUGGCCUACAGAGUGAGUUCAAGGCUACCUUGAACUGCAAGACCCUGUUUCAAAAAAGCAAGACCUUGUUUCAAAGAAGGAAAAAAAAAGGUUUUGGUUACAUUUUUCUGAAAAUGGUAUCCUUUGUGUGUGUGUGCGUAGUAUAUACACAUAAUGUUGUAAGCCAAAUAACAAAAUCCAUCUUGAAGAUUUGUACAUAUUUUUAUGUAGGUAUAACUAUUAUAUCUUAUUUUCACUACUAUGUGUGAAAUAUAAAUAAGUAUUUGUAUGCUCAUUGUGUAAGGAAUUCUGAAUAUGUCUUUAACUUUUUACAAUUUGGUAUUAAUGUAUAUAAAAUAGUUAAUAAAAAUUGGAUUAUCAAAUUAUUGAGAAAACAA